UUGAUUAUUUCGAUAGGCAAUCGUUCCAGGAUUUUUUCAUCUGCAUUUGGUGAGAUUUUUACUCCGUUUCUAGGGCGUUUGAAGGUAAAAUAUGCGUGCGUGUUGCGAGUGUUCGUUGUGUGUUUAACGUGUGUUGCGGUUGGUGUAAUUGUUAGCAGCGUAAACAAUCCUGCUACUGUGCGUGAAGCAGCAACCAGCAGCAGCAGCAGUGCACAGGACAUCAUGGCCUUGCUCAGGCAGAUAUCCGGAGUGCUGAACCGAACCGGAGCAUUAUCGAAAGGUGUAUAUCCGUUGCUUUCCGGAAGGUAUGGAUUGUACCCACCGCACUUGAGACUCCUGUCGUCGUUGAGUGCUGGUUCGAGGCAAGGACGUAUCGCGGCUGGAGCAGACACCCUGCUAGUGCCCGGGAAUUGGCAGAAUUCCAAGCGACGGGGCUAUAAAAAUUUCGGCCAUCAAGAGGAAAAGGAACCCAUGUACACGAAGCUGUUCCUUAUGUUUCUUUCCACCGUAAUGGUGGGUGCAUGCCUUGAUUGGAAGAAACUUGGAGCAGCGGUUGGUUGGCCAAAGGUUGACGCGGAUGCUGGUGUAGAGAUGGGAAAGAAGGCCUCCAGCUCCCAAGAGCUGGACCAGGAAGAGGAGGAAGACUCGGAUAGUGAAGUAGACGCACAAGGCAAAAAGAAAAGUCGUAAGGAAAAGAUCGGGUUUCGUGAUCGGAAGAUCAUCGAGUACGAGAACCGAUUGCGCACGUUCGCAACGGCGGACAAGGUGUUUCGCUACUUUUCCACCAUCAAGCUGUUACACGGGGAAACGUCCACGGUCUAUAUGACACCGUACGACUUUCUGCGCGCAAUCACACCGGGAAUGAAACAGCCGGAGGGACUUGGACUGGAUCAAUACAAGCGGUAUGACGCCAAGAGCGUGUCCAGCCGUUUGGAUCUCCAUCUGGACAGCGAUAGCAUCUUUUACAAGCUCGGUGCGUACGGGCUUAUUUCGUUCUCCGACUACAUCUUCCUGCUGACCGUCCUGUCGACAUCCCGGCGGCACUUUGAAAUUGCUUUCCGGAUGUUCGACCUGAACGGUGACGGUGACGUCGACAGCGAAGAGUUUGAAAAGGUUGCCAACCUGAUCCGGCAGCAAACGAGUAUUGGUAAUAGACACAGAGAUCACGCGAACACGGGCAACACGUUUAAAGUAAAAAAAGGUGUUAAUUCAGCCCUGACGACCUACUUCUUCGGACCGAAGAAUGACGAGAAGCUGACGAUCGAGAAGUUUCUUGACUUCCAGCAGCAGCUGCAGCGUGAAAUUUUAACGCUCGAGUUUCUGCGCAAAAACCCGGACGAGAAUGGCAACAUUAGCGAGGCGGACUUUGCCGAACUGCUGCUAGCGUACGCCGGCUAUCCACAGAAGAAGAAAGUGAAGAAGAUUAAGCGUGUGAAGAAGAGGUUCCGUGAUCAUGGAUCGGGCAUUUCGAAGGAGGAUUACUUAAACUUUUUCCACUUUCUCAACAAUAUCAAUGACGUGGACACGGCGCUAACGUUUUACCACAUUGCUGGUGCUUCGAUUGAUCAGGAUACGCUGAAGCACGUCGCCAGGACGGUGGCAUUGGUGGAGCUUUCCAGCCACGUGAUUGAUGUUGUGUUCACGAUCUUCGAUGAAAACAUGGACGGACAGCUGAGCAAUCGGGAAUUUGUAGCGGUAAUGAAGAAUCGCCUGCUCCGUGGGCUCGAGAAACCGAAAGAUACCGGUUUCGUGAAGCUAAUGCAUUCGAUACUGAAGUGUGCCAAGGAUACGAAACCUGUUCUGCUGGAUCUUUAAGCACGCAACUUAAUCGACGCUUCUCACAACGUGUGUCCUCCUGUUUGCUAUUGUAUUCAAAUCUCAUCACUCACUGACAUACAGCACAACCAACAGUGACAGUGAGUGCAACGUGUUUUAGAAUAGGGAUUGCAUAUUGGUUGAAUAACGUGGAAGUGAAUGCCAGUUGAAACGAAGCAAACAAGCGAUCGAAUAUUUGUUACCUAUCGUUAAGUUUCUAAUGCCUUUGCGUAAAGUCCUUUGAGGAAAGUCAUUACCUACGCAUACUCUCCUAGCUGUAUAAUGAAUCUAAAAUAGUCGCCCCUCCUUUUCAACCUGACGCUAUCGGAAUAGAGCUGAGCAGGAUACGUAAAACGACGCCAAGCUAACGAUUUUUUUGUAUUUAAAAGCUCCUCGGGUAAUCUAUUCAUUAAAUUUCCAUACCUUCUGAAUCUUGUUGCGAA